AUAAGGAAAGUGAGGCUCAGAGGCAACAGAACACUUUGGGGUUCCCAGAGGAGAGCAGGUCAGCAUGCAAUAAUUUAUGAAGUCCUUUAUUUGUUAAUUGAGAGCUGAGUACCAAUUUGGCAGAAGAUUUUGUUGGGCAUGAUGUUUGCUAUUGACCUCUGCCAAUCGGUUAUGUUGGGCCCUGGGAAGGGAUUGCCCGCAGUCACGGAGGGAAACUAAUAUAGUGAAAACUUGCUUGAUGGUGGUCAGAGAGGCCUAAGUUCCACUCCCUACUGCCCCCCACCUGAAUGGCUUUGGAGGCCUCACUCACUAAAUACUAGAAAGGAUAAAGGCAGGUCUCCCUCAUGAAAACGCCUCAGCUCUGCCUUGAGAGGUGAGUGACUCCAUUUGUGCCUCAGUCUCACCAUCUGUAAAAUGGGAAUAAUGGGUGCCUAUGUUUGUAUAUUAGUUUCCUGUAACAAGUAACCAUGAACUUGGUGGGUUAAAACAACAAAUUUAUUCUUUCACAGUUGGAAGCCAGAAGUCCAAAAUCAGUUUCACUUGGCCAAAAUCAAAGUGUCUGUAGACCCUCCAGGCCUGCUCCAGAGAUGAAAAACGAGGAAGAAGCUGUUGGGAGCCGACUGGCAAUAUUGAAGGGAGCCCGCACAAGAGGGAGCCGGGUCCUACGUGCCUCGCGCGCUGAGCCCCGGCCGGUUCACCGCGCAGGCGCAGUAGAUCCCGACUCGCCAUGCCGACUGUCAGCGUGAAGCGGGAUUUGCUCUUCCGAGCCCUGGGUCGGACCUACACUGACGAAGAAUUUGAUGAACUGUGUUUUGAAUUUGGUCUGGAACUUGAUGAAAUUACUUCUGAGAAAGAAAUCAUAAGUAAGGAACAAGGUAAUGAAAAGGCGGAGGGAGCCUCUGAUGUUGUUCUUUACAAAAUUGAUGUCCCUGCCAAUAGAUAUGAUCUUCUUUGUUUGGAAGGAUUGGUUCGAGGACUUCAAGUCUUCAAAGAAAGGAUAAAGGCUCCAGUGUAUAAACGGGUAACACCUAAUGGAGAAAUCCAGAAAUUGAUCAUCACAGAGGAGACGGCAAGAAUACGCCCUUAUGCUGUGGCUGCGGUUCUCCGGAAUAUCAAGUUCACUAAAGAUCGAUACGACAGCUUCAUUGAACUUCAGGAGAAACUACAUCAGAACAUUUGCAGGAAAAGAGCCUUGGUUGCUAUUGGUACCCAUGAUUUGGACACUUUGUCAGGCCCUUUUACUUACACUGCAAAGCGACCUUCAGAUAUCAAAUUCAAGCCUCUAAAUAAGACCAAGGAGUAUACAGCCUGUGAAUUGAUGAACAUAUACAAGACUGACAACCAACUUAAACAUUACUUACAUAUCAUUGAAAAUAAACCCCUGUUCCCAGUUAUCUAUGAUAGCAACGGUGUCGUCCUUUCAAUGCCUCCAAUCAUCAAUGGAAAUCAUUCCAAAAUAACUGUAAAUACUCGAAAUGUAUUUAUUGAAUGCACAGGAACGGACUUUACUAAGGCAAAAAUAGUUCUCGAUGUUAUUGUCACCAUGUUCAGUGAAUAUUGUGAGAAUCCGUUUACGGUUGAAGCCGCUGAGGUAGUUUUUCCUAAUGGAAAAUCAUACACCUUUCCAGAACUGGCUUACCGAAAAGAGAUAGUGAGAGCUGAUCUAAUUAACAAAAAAGUUGGAAUCAGAGAAACUCCAGAAAAUAUUGCCAAGCUUCUAACCAGGAUGCAUUUAAAGUCCGAAGUAAUAGGCGACGGGAAUCAGAUUGAGAUUGAGAUCCCUCCAACCAGAGCUGACGUUAUCCACGCAUGUGAUAUUGUGGAAGACGCAGCUAUUGCUUACGGAUAUAACAACAUUCAGAUGGCUCUCCCGAAAACAUACACCAUAGCUAAUCAAUUUCCUCUUAAUAAGCUCACAGAGCUCCUACGGUAUGACAUGGCAGCCGCCGGAUUCACCGAAGCGCUUACCUUUGCUCUGUGCUCCCAAGAAGAUAUUGCUGAUAAACUUGGUUUGGACAUCUCUGCAACAAAGGCAGUCCACAUAAGUAAUCCUAAGACAGCUGAAUUCCAGGUGGCACGCACUACCCUUCUUCCUGGCCUCCUAAAGACCAUAGCUGCGAAUCGGAAGAUGCCCCUUCCUCUGAAACUGUUUGAAAUCUCUGACAUUGUAGUAAAAGAUUCUAGCAGAGAUGUAGGUGCAAGAAACUACAGGCACCUCUGUGCUGUUUAUUACAACAAGAAUCCUGGAUUUGAGAUCAUCCAUGGGCUACUUGACAGAAUUAUGCAGCUCCUGAAUGUGCCUCCCGGUGAGAAGAAGGGGGGAUAUGUGAUCAAGGCAUCAGAAGGUGCUGCUUUCUUCCCCGGGAGAUGCGCCGAGAUCUUGGCCAGGGGUCAAAGCAUUGGGAAGCUCGGGGUCCUUCAUCCUGAUGUCAUCACUAAAUUUGAGCUGACCAUGCCCUGCUCCUCCCUGGAAAUCAACAUCGAACCCUUUUUGUGAAGAUGGGUCUCUGCCGUGUGACUCUCUCCGGGAGCAUUCUACUCCUUCCCUGGUGUCCUUGAGUCGUCUCCGCCCUCCCCCCCUUCCCCUCCUCCCACCCCCCACCCCCCCGGGACCAUUCGCUUGCGCUUUAAUGUUUAAUAAAGUAGAAAGUCGUGUCUGGCUCCGUGUGUAGAGGCCGCCCGCUCCCUGCAUUAGGCCAGCUUGUGCGAACACGCUGUCUGUGAAGCCGCGUUACGAGGAGAAGCCCAGAGGACCGCAGGCCGGAGCCUUGCUGAUGAAACCAGCGCUGAUGCGGGAGAAUGGAAGAAUUUGUUCCUUCUCCAUCUGACGUGCAGCCAGCAGCCAGCAGUAGCUUUGGGAAACGAUUAGGGAGCAGCGGCCGUCUGGCAGUUACAGCCUUCGAAGUCCUUUGAAAGUGAAAGAAGACUCGAGUAUUUGAAGGGCUUGAAGGUGUGUGGGUGUUUCCACUCUGAUAUCCUGAGACGGAGUUCACACAACACACAUCUGUUCCGCUAGACGAGUUAAAACAAACGUGUUGAUGGCAGUGCGGUAUGAACAUUCGGAAACCAUGAAAGAGUAUUUUUGCCCCAGGCUAUACGUUCUGCUGUAAUCAAUACUAUAAAAUCAUGGCUUUAAAUACUUA